UUCCUAAAAUUCCCAACACACUCAAAAUACACAAACACAGGCUACAGACUUAGAUUUCGAGAGAAGAUCAUGGAUAUCAAAUUAGAAGAUGAAGAACAAGAAAUAAAAUACCAAGGUCAUGUUUGGAACAUGAUCUGCGGUAGUGUGAAUUCAUCCGUACUUAAAUGUACGAUUGUUUUAGGUCUUUUCGAUACAAUUCAUAAUUCAUCCAAACCCAUGACCCUAUCCUCCCUAUCAUCAGCAUCACCAUCUUUAUCUCCUCUCAAAACCGAAAACUUAUGUAGACUAUUAAGAUACUUAUCUCAUAUGAAUCUCAUCGUAAUCAAUUCAAUUCAAGGAAGUGAUGAUACAUUUUCAUUAACAGAUACAUCUAAGUUACUACUUAGUAAUCAAGAAAGAAGUUUGAAGGAUUGGGUUCUUGGUAUCGACGAUCCACUCGCAAUUAACGGGUGGCAUGAGUUAACUGAUUAUUGUUUAUCCCCCGUUGAUGCGCCGGUUCCUUUUGUAAAGAUGCACGGGAAAACCAUGUGGGAGUUUGCUGCAGAUAUCCCUGAAGUUAAUGAGCUAAUCAAUAACUCCAUGGCUUGUGAUACUAAAUUAGUAAUGCCUGCAUUUUUGCAAGGUUGCCGUGGUAUCUUGAAUAAAGGUAUUGUUAAGAAGAUGGUUGACAUCGGUGGUGGUACAGGUGCUGCUAUGAGUUAUGUUGUUAAGGCUUUUCCUGACAUAAAAUGUAUGGUUUUUGAUUUGCCUCAUGUUGUUGCUAACGCACCGGAGAUUGAAGGUGUGGAAUUGGUUGGUGGUGAUAUGUUUGAAUUCAUCCCUCCUGCUGAUGCUCUUUUGUUGAAGUUCAUUCUCCAUAACUGGGAUGAUGUCGGAUGCAUAAAGCUACUAAAGAAGUGCAAGGAGACAAUUUCAGCUGAGCAUGGGAAAGUUAUCAUAAUAGAAAUGGUUUUGGAAGAAGACGACCAAGACAAUGAUGCUUUGACACAAGCAAGAUUAAGUCUUGAUUUAGAUAUGAUGGUAUGUUCAGGAGGAAGAGAAAGGACGAAAGAUGAAUGGAGAAUUUUAGUGGAAGAGGCUGGUUUCAGUAAGAUUGAAUUCAUUUCUAUUUUUGCCAUUCAAUCAGUUAUUGUUGCAUAUCCAUAAAACGAUUUAAGCUAAAAACUCUUCCACUAGCCUCCACCACUUUGCUCAGACCUAGUUCAAUUGACUUUUGGACUAGAUAUCAGCAGGAAUUCCACUGUAUUACAUGGUUACAAGCUUUUUAUCGUAGGUAAAUGGACAUGCGUGAGAUAUUCAUCACGUACGUGUGCCUGUCUCUUCCAGCCAAGUGUGUCAAUAACUGUUUCGUAUAUAUAACGUCUGUUACUGCGACUGUCUAUUCGCUUUGUCGCAGUUGUUGUUUUUAAUCAUGAUAUGCCUCCUAUCAAUUAGCUGUGAUUCUUGUAAGUUUUUUCCCCGCUUUUUAUAGCCGUUAAUAUUUUUUCCCUUGGA